AUGCAGGAUAUAUUGGAAGACAAUGGCGCUCUCAAUGUCGUUAAGGAGGCAAGGGCUUCUUCGCAAGACGAUUCUACAUCGCAAGGUAUUAUCAAUGAUGAAUCUAUGAUCGUGGAAGCUUUAAAUGACUCCACUGCAGAGCAGAAUGAGUUGGUAUCCAAUACCAUGGAAACAAACGACCACGAUGGCUCUGCGGAAAAUGAUAACUACCAAACAUUGGAUAUCUCAGGAAACGGAAACAGAACGGAGUUUGUCGUCGUUUCUAGUACAUCAAUAGUUUGUGAAGAUUUGCCCCCUAAUGCCGAUGGGGGCAUAAAAGAUGAAUUGACUGAGCCUAUAACUAAUGUUAUUACUAUAAGCGACGUUUAUGAAAACGAUCCUAUGGAUUUGUUAGUAUUUAAUGGCCGUGGCGAUGUUAACAGCUCAAAGUCGAAUGAAGAAGAGGGUGAUAAUGAGGAGCCCUUCGACGAUUUCAGCUCAAAUGGUUCAUCGUCUACCCACGGUACUUCUCUGUCAUCGAUUAUUAAGGAAUGGUGCAAGGAUUAUCCAUGGUUAUUGUACGACGAAAUUGAUGAAGGAUUCGGAUACUGCUUGCAUUGUGAUGUUCGGUUAAGUGUGCGUUCGCCAAGCUACAUAAAGCAGCACAGUAUGUCACUUUAUCACAAGGAAAGGAGUGACAAUUACCUGUCCUUUCGAGAGGAGGAAGAACGGAACAAUAUUGGUACACCUUUGCCCGAGAUUAAACAGGAGUUUGGCACGGAAAGCUAUGUAGCGGCAUUAAGAUUAAAACGCAAAAGUCAAGCUGAAGCACUUAACAAUUACAACUGGCGACGUUGGUUGAAGGAGUAUCCAUGGCUGGAACGUGAUAGCACUACUGGCACCAUCGGUCUCUGCAAAUAUUGCAAUGUUCGUAUAAACGUUGAAUUUUCAUAUUUACGAACGCGGCAUCAGGAAACAGCAAAGCAUAAGGAAAACGAAAAGGAGUAUAACAGCGCGCAGCAGGAUAAUAGUUCUCUAAAUAAAUCAAAUAGCCAACAAAGUAAAAUAAAAAGCAACAAAGACUUGAGUGAAGCUGUUCACGAACAAUUUGCCGCAUUGCGAUGCAAAAUAUGUGACAUAACAGUUGCGAAAAAUAAUUUCAAGCGCCACUUACGCACCAAUUUGCACAUGCAAAAAGAAUCGGAAUAUGUUAAAAGUAAAAAACCUAAGAAAAAUAAGAGAAAAAAGUCGAAUGAGAGUGACUCGACUUCUCAGGCAUCACAUCAGUGGCACGUCUAUGCCAAAAAACAUCCGUGGCUUAUUGCAGACCCCUCUGACGAAACACAGGCCUACUGCAAGUACUGUGAAAAGCGAGUGAUGUACGGAAAUUCUGUCGCAAAACGGACUACACAUGAGAACAGUGCUUACCAUAAAAAUAAGGAAAGAAAUAUAAAUGGUAACGACAGUAGAGAAGAGGAAAGGUCCAAUAAUGACGAAAAUAGUGUCGAAGAGGAAAACAACGAUGAUGAAUCAACUGAUGAAAACAAUACUGAAAUCGAAGAUGAUGAUGAUGACCGGCAUGAAGAUAAUGACGAAGCGAGUGAAGCUUCGGAUGAUGAACCUGAAGAAGAUGCAGUUAAGGACCAUGACAACCGCAAAAAAGGCGGCGAUCAUAACGAGUCUAAUCGAACCGAAAAUAAUGAACAAGAUAAUGACGAUGACAACAAUGAGUCUAGCUAUUGCAAAAUUGUCAUUAGUAAGACAUGCAAUCGAAUGAAACACAGCCAAUCGGGACGCCAUGUAGCAGCAGAAGCUGAAUAUCUACGAAGGCAAACAAAAAAGAAAAAAAUCUACAUGUCUAAAAAUUCCGAUGAAACGUAUGAUUGGGCCGUUGAUAUAAAAUCACAACCAAAUUUGUACUAUUGCAAAUACUGUCGCGUUCGUAUUUCAAGACGAUACAGCAAGAAGCAACAUUCGAUUAGUAAAGUUCAUCAAAUAAAUACGAAUUUAUUUAAAACGACCAGAGGAAACCCGUUAAAACAGGAAAGCAAUAUGGUUGCACACACAUCUAACAAUCGACGGCAAGAUACGCCAUCAAAAAUUGAAAAGGUUCCUUCGUUUUUAACACUUGUUAAGCAAUGGCAGAAGAGGUUUGCUUGGUUAACAUACAAACGUUCGGAAAUUCGUUCUAAUUACGCAUAUUGCAAGAUUUGCGAACAAUCAGUUUUUUUGCGGACAAUAAAGAGCGUAAUAAAACAUCAGCGUUCCGGUAAACACAUUCGUACAGCAAACCUGCUUCGUCGACAGAAACUGCAACAACAACGCGAGGAACAGGAUGAAGCGAACAAACACUUAACCGGAGGGACAAAACGAGAGAUGGAAUCUGUGAAAUCAAAAGAUUCAUUACAGGCAAAACCAAAACCAGAUUCAUUACAUACAUCACCCGAUACGAAAAUAACUUCCAAUGACAUUGCAGACAACUCAAUUAUUGAAGAUUUACAAAAACGGUAUUCCUGGAUACAGAGGUCUACGAAACCCAAUUACGGACACUGCGAAUACUGUAACGAAAACGUCAGUCUUAAACCAAUGUUGUUGAGAAACCACAGCAAUUCGAGAAACCAUCGACAAUUUGUCAUAAAACAUCGUGUAAAUGAAACAAAAAGAGAAAAGCGACCACAUAGCGAAUCGAAUACCAACGCAGAAGAUGUUGAAGACAACGAUGUCAUUUUAAUUGAAGAUAAUCCCGAAGAAAUAUUAAUAUCUGAACAAGAUGACAACUGGACCGUUAAGUCUGAGAAUAUGGACGAACAUGAAGCUUUAGAUUUUCUUCUUCAACGUUCAAAUAAAUCUGCCAGAAGCCCACAUCAAUUCGAUGGUGGGCCAUCAAAAAGACUUAAGAAAUCUGGACAGCUUCAUCGACUCAAUGAAAAUAACGCUUCUUUAGUCGCAAGUAUUUUAUCGACACCCUUGACACUGGCAUCAUAUUUGGGACCAUUAAUACAACAACAGAUCCAACAAGCCACCAGCACGCAAUGCCAGCAAUCGGCAACUCAACCCACUACAUCGGGUAAUUCAACACUUGAGAACUCUUUCGACUUAUUUUUCAAAAGUGUCAGUGAAACCAUGAAGAAUCUGCCCACGGAUCUGGCUGCGGAAGGUAAAGUAAAAAUUAUGCAAAUUAUUUGUGAUUUAGAGUUGAAAGCCUUGAAAAGACAAGAGUUGUCACAUCCAGUGGAUGUUGAAAUUGCCACCAGUGACAGCAGUUCCAAUUUGAAUACUAACCACCUAUCUGAAACAGUAAGCACUUCAGAAAGCAACCGGGCAGAAAUACCCGAAGUAAAUGCAAGCAAUCCAGCACAUAACAAAGGCACUUCUUCUCAACAAUACGAAGAUACAUUUACUGAGACUAUUAUAACCCCCAUACCUGAUGAAACUCCUGCAAAUAGUCAACAUCAAAGUGUAAAAUCACACACGACCACUACAACAUCUAUUCCACAAGCAAGUGAAUCAAAUAGGGACGUCAAGAUGAAUAUCAGUCCGUCACCUAUAAUUGGUGUAAUAGAUAAAAGUGGUAUACACCCGCUGCAAUUUAAGAACACUACGCUAGUUAAACACAUUUCAAAACAGUGUAUAAACCCUACGAACACCACCAUUGUCUCCAAUUCUGCAAUACGAUGCAUACCCCUUAAGAGCCUAUCGCAAAGUGUGGGUUCAGAAACAAAUACUAAGUUCAAACGCAUUCAGAUGCCAAUGACGACAUCUCCCACAAUUCCUCACCACAGUCCCCAGAGCCCUCCAAAUAUAAAUUCUCAUGAGAGGCCUAAGGGAAGUAUUAUAAACGUUCGUAAUAUACAGAUAGCAAAAAGAUCUUCUUUAGUACAACAAUCGACUGCCCCUGCGACCGUUACGACCAAUAGCAUUUCCGGUCUAAACUCUAUAUAUACGGUGACGGCACCAAAUAUACAACGUUGGACAACUUCUCAAAAUGGAACAGUACAAGGUUGUACAAUGAAAAAACAAAUUCCAGUAAAUACCUAUCAUAUACCGAAGCAAAAUAUACCACAGACAUCGAGGACUUUUACCCACUGA